AAUUAUCAGCAGAGAGAGUGCCUUUCUUCUCCGACCAACCCUAAACCAUCCAUCGACGCCGGAGGUAAGAUGAAGGAAGAGGAAGUAAACCGGUGCCAGAUUCAGAACUGGUACCCGAAAUUCAAAUCCCUAACCAUCAAAACCAAACUCCACAAGCUUCCAGAAUCGUUCAUCAACUACCUCCUCGACGACUCCGUCCCCUUCCUCCUCCCUUCCUCCGUCACCAACCAGAACGCCAUGCCUAACAGAAUCCACAACCCCGACGAAGAAGACGACGAUUCAUCAUCAUCAGACGACGAAACAGAUCCUCCCCCGCCGCCGUCGCCGUCGUUCCCGGAGCUCGAAAUCGAGAUCAGGGACUCAAUCGAAGCCCUAGGCGGAUCCAUCUUCCCGAAGCUGAACUGGAGCGCGCCGAAGGACGCGGCGUGGAUAAGCCCCUCGCAGAGUCUCAGCUGCUCUUGCUUCAGCGAGAUCGCUCUCUUGCUCCGCUCCUCGGACUCGAUCCUCCACGAUCUCUGCAACGCGUACGAUUCCUGCAGCGAUGAUAAAGCCUCCUCGAGACCGGAGAGCUUCUUCCUCGCGUUGAGGAAGUGGUACCCUUCUUUAAAGCCAGAGAUGGAGUUUCGUUGCUUCGUCAAGGCCAACGAGCUCGUUGGGGUUUGUCAGCGUGAAGUGACGACGUUUUACCCUGUGCUUGUUAGCGAGAAGGAGGUUUUCAAGGGGUUGAUUGAGGAGUUUUUUGAUGUGAAUGUGAGGAGUGUGUUUGAGUUGGAGGAUUAUGUGUUUGAUGUUUAUGUGACCAAGGAGAGGAGGGUUAAGGUUGUGGAUUUUAACACGUGGUGCGGGUCUACGUUGCCGUUGAUGUUUAGUUGGGAGGAGCUUGAGGGGUUUAGGAGGGUUGGUGGUGAGUUGGAGUUGAGGAUUGUUGAGAGCCGGCGCGGUGUGCUUCCGGGUUUGAAGACGGCGGUUCCUUAUGAUUAUAUUGAUGUGAGUUGUGGUAGUGGGUGGGAUCAGGUUCUUAAGAAGGCGGAGGAGGAGUUUAGGGAUGAGUCGGAUGAAGAUGUUGUUUGAAACUUACUUUGAUUGUUUGUGCCUCUUUGUUACUGUUUUGUCUUUUGUUGUGCAAAGAGAGAUUAUGCUUGAGAAUUGUUCUGCUUUGGUUUCUCAUUCGUUGCAACUCGCAAACUUGCUUUA